GGACGGUCGGUUUAGGCUCCUCCUACAUUACCGCAAACGAUGAUGACUCAUACUCAACGAGCCAGAGCAUGCUAAUAGUACACGACUUAUCCUGACUGACAAAAAUAUUUAUUGCUUCCCUAUCUAAGUAGCUCUACAACGUUCCAACGUGUUUGUCCAAAGGAGCAUGACGAGCUUCCAUUUAUUCCAUGGUGUCAAGAAAAGAAAGAGAAUCUCUCAUUCAACUUAGAGGCCGAGCCAAACGAUAUGCUGCUCUUACCACUGAUGACAAUUAUGAAACGAUCUGGGUUUCUAAAGUGGCCACCAAAAUUAACGUUUUCCUAAUUCAAAAACAUCUAUGGCAGCCUGAGGUCGGAUUGCAUUCACUGAGACAAGAAAGUUGAGAUAACGAGGCAUAGUCCAACAAAAGAUCCAAACGUACGCGAACAGAUGAAGAACUUUUGGACAAAAUUUACAGUUUGUAUCAAACAGACUUGGUUUCAAGAAAUCAAUCUCUAUCCACCCCUCCCCCUUGCAAAACAGACAUUAAGCCAGCGGUUACAGGAGUUACAGGAGGGAUAUUCCUUAGAACAACGAAGCUGAGAACAUUUCCAAUUCACUGAAAUGGAGGCACAACCUGUUCAAAGCUUAACACGAGACAUUGUGAUACUCUUUCGUUUUGACAUGUUGGUCUACGAUAGCCAAGGAUUACUGAGCCUCGUUCACUGUUCAAUGACAUUUUCUAUAUUCAUCCAAAGAAAUGGUUUACACUUUCAAGGCUGGGCAGGAGCAUAUUUGCUUCAACUCUACCAAUUACAGCUGGAAAGGAGGCCACUUCUUAUUAUGCGGGUCAUACACGUACGAUGCUUGGCAGGGUUUGUUUUCUUCGCUUAUAGCAGAGACAGCCAAAGCCAGGAAAACCACAGGCAAGACAACCACGAUCAAAACAACCGAGGCCAAGACAAUCAUGGCCAAAACAACCAAGGCCGAGACAACCAUGAUCAAAACAACCGAGGCCAAGACAACUAUGGCCAAAACAACCAAGGCCAAGACAACAAUGACCAAAACAGCCAUGACCAAAAUGACAACAAUGACCAAAACAACCAAGGCCAAGACAACCAUGAUCAAAACAACCGAGGCCAAGACAACCAUGGCCAAAACAACCAAGGCCAAGACAACAAUGAUCAGGAAGAUCAGGAUCAAGAAUGGCUUGGAAUGUCAUGGAUAUCCGAUGAACUUUGAAGAGUGCAAUCUAGAAGAACAAUUUAGUAGUCACUAUUAUUCUAAAAGAUUAAUUUAUCAGAGAUGAGAGUAUAUUAAGCUGGAACGAUACCUCGAGUGUUAAUGUAAGACAACCGAUACAAGAGGAAAUUUAUUUAAACAGACUUUAAGGAAGCACCAAGUUGUAAAUCAUUUCGUUUUCUUUGUUAUUUGACAGCAACUGUAACUGGUGUUGCUGUCUUUAUAAUUAUUACUAAGACUUAAGGCCAUUAUUUAAAAAGGAUAACCCCUCGGUUAAAGAAGCACUGUAAACAGUUACGAUUCCACUGAUUUGAGGAGGCUAUGUCGAUCUCAUUUGAUUGUGCUGAUGCUUGCCUAUUUUCUUUUAUCACAAGCUGUAAACUUCAACAAUGAAACAUUAAUUUCCUGAUGAAAAUCCAGCUAAAUCAAACUGACUAACGUUACAGAAUAAACGUUCACCAAUGUGAUACGCUUCAAUCUUGUCCACAGAGUUUCUAGUGAUCCUUUGAUGUUAUUCUACAGUUUCAGAUCGUUAGUAGAAGUUUAGGUCUCUUAAGGAACAGUUUCUAUGAAAUUAAAUUACCCAAGAUAGCGUGACUUAGCCUCAUGAAAACACCAGCGAGUUCCAAGUUUCAAUUCUGCUUUAUUACUUUGAUGAUCCGAUGAUCAUGUAGCAAGGCUUUAAAAUAAAGGAGGAAAAAAGUAAACACAUCUAGUGAGUUUGCUGGAUUUAAAACGUUUAGAUCACCUCAGACGUUAACUGAAAAUAACGUCACGCUGCACCUUGGAUAUCGUGACAAAACUGCAGAGUGUCUGCCCGGCACCCUGUCCGCUGAAUAGAUUUGUCAUCAUAUCCAAGUUGGCGGAUCUACGAUCAUGCUAUUCGACGAUCGAAUCGGUCACAAAGACUGUUCAAAAACAUCAAGCCCUCCGAUAAAGACAACACGAAGGACUGUGCGGCAUCUGGUAUUUUUUUUGGCUGUUCCCUCAUGCGGAGCAAAAACAAAAGGCUUUGUUUGGUGAAAUUGGUUUUCAUCAACAAUUAUUGACACUGUUUCAAGGCACAUUGUUAGGUUAAAAUGGAGUUUCGUAUCUUUCUCAUUCUCUCUCUGGACAAAAUCAAUAUAACUUUAAACUGCUUUCGACAAGCACUCCUACGAUACUUAUUGACUUUUAUUUUAUUGGUGUUUUCACAAGUUCCAAAUUGUUUAGCAAAAGUGGAGGGAAUUUAUUUUUAAACCUGCCAUUCGGUAAGUUUACGCAGAUUCAUUUCAAUAAUAAACAUGAUAUCAAGGUCACCAUGUAUCAUUAAUUGGAUUCCUUCUCACAACAUUUAUGAAAUUCAAGUCAAUUUUGUUCCGCUGAUUUUCGUUUCCCAUUCUUCUCACAGCAUUGGCUAUACUUCAUACAAAUGUUAAACAGUUGUAAGACUGCACCAGACAGUAGCUUACAAGACAAACAAAUAAUAUCCGCUUAUAUAGCAACAAUUCUUUACGCAGGCUUGAGAUCAGAAGGUCAUAGUUUUGAGCUAGUUAAUUGGUCGAAAAAAAUGCUAACCAAUCAAUGGGUGUUCCAAGUUUGUUUGACAGAUUUAAUUUCCGAGAAAUCUUGAAUAGCUCAACACUGCGGACUCCAUCAAAAUUCAACGCCGCGCAAGGACAUUCUAAAGUCAGAAAGUAGCAGCGAUACUGAAGCUGGUGGUCAAAUCGAUUGUAUGCAGCUGGCUUGAGUAUAGUGUACUUAAAAUAACAGUGAUAAUGUGUCACCGUGCUCAGAGAUUCCUACCAAAAAGCCAGGAGUUGAAGCGGAACAAUGUGACAGGAUUACAUUCUUUGCGACAGUCAUCGACACCAUAAAUGAUUCUCACAACACGGCUGUCCUACAUGAAUAGCGAUGGGACCUGUUUCAUUUAUCCUUGCUCGGUUAACAAAUCCAGAAGGGUGAACCUGGUGGACGUGCUAGUACUCGCGAGAAGUAUGCACAAACAAAACAAAUUGAUUUGCUCAUCUGGAAAUAAAGCCUCUUCACAGGGCACUACGCUUGUUAUUCCAAUAGGGAGAUAUGAGGGCGGAGACACUGGGUACAGACCGUGAACUCAACUCUUUCGCUUUCACUCUCAAUGACAUGUUUUGAUGAUACGCAUGUAAAAGGCACGUUGACUCGAGGUCGUCUCCAUUGAAGGAUAGUUCGCCGAAGUUUAACUAGGUAGGAGGAAGCAACAAUCUAUUUAAUUCCUGAAAGUAGAGUCACCAAUGUCAUAUUUGUCUACCACAUUUAACUUUUCGACUCUUUCUCUUCGUUUUUCGCGUGAUACCUUUGUUCGCUGAAAGAGAAAACGCCACGUGCCUUUCUUCUUGUCUUCAGGAUAGCUGGCGAUCAAGAAACGUGGUUAAAUCCAUUCGUGCUGUGGAAAACAAAGUAGUAUAUACUUGGAAGCAUCUUUAUACGCCGAUGUAAGUACAUAUAAAGUGAAGUAUAUAUAGGUUGUGAUAUUUCUAAGCCAGAAGUGUGCCGUAAAUGUGCACGAUUCGCUCGAUAAAUAUUGAGUCGUCACAAAGUUUACAACUCUCCUUUUCGCAAACACCCAGUCCGCCAGUUACUUGCGUCCAUAAUUUGAACAUAUUAGUACAACAACACUGACUAUUCCUUGAUCAUGAUUUCUUGGUUUUAUAUCAAACCAUUCACUUAUACAUGAUAUUUAAUCCUACAGCCCAUCAUGUUCAUUAUGAUUGUUAUUGUCCUGGUAGAUGGAAGGCUCAGAACAACCUGUCUUAUAGUUGUCAUACUCAGGUAAUUUCAAGGGCUUAAAAUAGAGUUUCCGUGCACCGCGGAUUUAAAUGACACAAAUCCAUUUGUUUUCUAGUAAAAGCUAAUUAAUUCCAGAGGACUUUUCUUUCUAUAAUUCGUUACGGUUUUCUUUACAUAUGUCUAUUAUGGAGUUCAGCUUUUUAAAGAUACGAGAACAUACCAAGGCAACAAUAAACCAAAUCGAGCUGAUUAUGAGUUUUGUAAUCAGCUGUUAUUAAAAAUCACUGUUUCAAAAUACCGAGGUCUAAGUUCGACCUGACCACUUCCUGUGAACAAAUUCGAUUAACCCGUCAUACUUCAUGAUUACGUUAUCAACAAUAACAAACUUGCAACUGCUUGUUUAAAUUAGCGUUUCUCUAGCGUACUUUUCCUGCCUACAGUUACAACCACAUAGAAGUCUCGUUUAAUCCAAUAGUCUACAACGUCCAACAUUUCAAAUACAGUCUUCAGUUCUACUUAAGACAAUCACGUGCAUGAUCUACCACUGACAAUAACAUCCUUCGUAUAUCCGCUUGGGGUGGUUUGAAAAUUUUCUGGUAGUAUCGUCGGAGGUAACUAAUCAUUUUUUUACUCCUACUACAGAAUAUACCAACACCAAGGUUGGACGGACUAUGUAUGUAUAUUUGUUUGUCUAUAAUUUGCAGUCCAUUGUUUACUAUCCCUGUAUACAAGGUUAAAGGCACGUUUUGGGAACAUAGUGAUAUCAUUUGGUUUUAGACGUCAGGAACUAAAUUUUAUGAACGUCACGAACUAAGUUGUUUAAACCAGCUGGAUUUUCGUACGAAUCUAAGCAGUAUAAUUCAAAGUUUCUAUCAAAGGAAGAAUGUCUAAGAAAUUUAUCUCAGAAAGUUAGAGACUUCGUGAACUAAGUUUUAUGAAGUAAUUUCAUCUUCCUAAACACCAGGCAGUUUCAUUGAAAUCGCAGCCUCGAGAGAAGAAUGUCUUAGAAAGUUACAACUUGCUUACCUAAACGUUUUAAUGAAAUUUUUUGAUUUAACAAUAUUAGCAAUGCGUUUUAUAUUAUUUUAAUUAGAUUUAAUUGGGUGACAUGGAGAAAAGUAGAUGCCAUGAUUUUAUAGCCAGAGGUAAAACUUAGAAGGAGAUAAAGUAACACAAAUAUUAGACAAAGUUGUGAUUGCACAAUUAUUGACUAUAUAAUUGUCAACUAUUGUUGUUUUGAUGGUCUUAGUGACCCUUGAAAGAGCUGUAAUAGCAAAUGCAGUAACGUUUGAUACUAAAAGAUACACCUUUUCUUUUUUCCAGGUACCUGAUGAACUGUGAGGUGGAAACAGAAACAUCUUACUUAUACCCCAAACAGUGUUGGUGCAAAAAAAUGAUUAAUUAUCGUUAUAACUAUUAGCUGGGAAAAUGUUAUUAUUUAUUUAUUAUUUAAUUGUACAUGUAACUGGCCAUAUUCUUGCAAAUAUAAAGCUUGUUUUGCGUUGAGAGGUGGUGUACCGGUGGAACGGGAACCCUCAGUGUUCCUUGGUAAUUUUAUUCUUAGAACAUUACUUGCAAUAUAACCGCAGAUCGACAAAAAUGAUUUGUUUAGUAGUAAUAAUAUUUUUAUUGCUUGGGAAGUGUUUGAUCUCUCUCGAGAUCAGGAUGUAUAGGAAUUUAAUCUUUUAUUGACUUCCAUUAGCAAACCAUUAAUGUUACAUUGCAUGAUUGAUAAGAUAGUACACUGGUAGGCCAGCAAUUUCAAAACACUUGUAAAUAAUCAGUAAGAAUGAUAAGGUAUUUAUACUUAUAACGAUAAAGUCUUGCCAAAUUAAAUAAGUUAAAAAUUCAACUCCAGUCAGAAAACCUAGGAAUAAUGUUGAUCAAAGCAGAAAUGUGAUUUUUUUCAAGUGGUAACAUCACUAACAUCAAAAUGGCCCCAGUUAGAUUUUGGGGAAAGUUAACAAAAACUCAUCAUGAUCUUCAAACCUCAAAAGGACCCCAGGUCUGAAUGAGAUUAAACACUAGCUACAUUAAAUUACUGACGUUUCGUUCGCGUUUUUCAUAGCAAACAUGGUAUAGAACAAAAGUAAUUCUGCCAAAAAUACUCUUGUUCAACUCAUUUGGCAUAUUGCAUUAUACCCGUAUCGGGUCUUUAGCGUAUAUGAAUAUAUACUUUGGACUUGUAAUUAAUAAGCGUUAUGAAUAAUACAUUUGAUGAAUUUGCGUGACAGACGAGUCUACUGUUCGGUGUAAGAACUGUAGACCUCUCUAUUUUGGUUUGAUUUGAUCAACGAACCCAGCGCAAGGCUUAACUAGGAAUUUUAACCAGCAUGUUACUUAUUCACAGAGUAUUUUAAAUAAAGUUUUUCUCCGUUUUAUCGCUAACUAAGCAUAUUGGAAUUACAACGAGAACGUAGCCUAGGAACCACACCAAGAAGGACAGUACACAGAGGAAAACCUUAAACUUAUAGAGGAAGUUCAUUUUCAGUGGGAGCAACAACAGUAUGGAAUACUUUUUCACCUGAGAUCCGAAACAGCAAUAUUUAUUCUGGGUCGCUUACGUUAUUGAAAAUAAACUUUUAACUGUUUUCAAUGUCA